AUUAGGUGGCAUCUCUACUAAUUGAAAACAUAUGUUCAUUGCUAAGGAAAACCGCGAGAAAACGCUAUGAGUGGAAAACGAUACGUAACUCUUACACUAAAGGAUAAGCUUAAAAUUUUAUCUGAAGCUAAAUGCAAACAGAAGUCUGAGCUGUGCAAAAAGUAUGGGUGCUCUCUUAACACAUUGAAUAUAAUUUUGCGAAAUGAGUCCGAAAUUAAGUCUAAAGCCUCCAAGUGGAAAUUGUCAAGCAAGCGUGUACGGAAUGGAAACAAUAUUGACGUUGAAAGAGCGCUUCAAAUUUGGUUCGAACAAAUGCAAUCAUCUGGUGCAGUGAUUUCCACACACAUGUUGAUGGAAAAAGCAGAGCAGUUGGCUCAACAAAUGAAUUGUGAUUUUACACCAUCAACAGGUUGGUUAUGGCGCUGGCAACAGCGACAAGGAAUUAAGCUGAGAAAAAUACAUGGGGAACAAAAAUCUGCGGAUUCAAAUGCGGCGGAAGAUUUUUUAAGUUCAGUUGUACCAAAUAUAAUUUCAGAAUACGAGGAGGCCGACAUUUUCAACGCGGAUGAGAGCGCUUUAUUUUUUAAAGCUUUGCCUCCAAAAAGUCUUUGCAAACAAGGAUACCGUAACACUGGAUUCAAGUCAUCUAAGGAGCGCGUAACAUUACUUUUUAUAUGCAAUGCGACGGGUAAUUACAAAAAAGUUAUUGUAAUCGGAAAGGCUAAAAACCCACGUUGUCUGAAAAGUAAAGUAUCGCCCUUAAAAUACUAUUCGAAUCAAAAAGCAUGGAUGACAGCCGAUCUAUGGAGCGAAAUUAUUCUUAAUUUAGAAGAAGAAAUGGCUUCACAGAAACGAAACAUUGUUCUGUUUGUAGACAAUGCGUCUUGCCACAAGAAGCCCCAAAAUUUGAAGCACAUAAAUAUACAGUUUUUACCAGCAAAUACAACAGCAAUAAGCCAGCCCUUAGAUCAGGGUAUAAUUCAUGCCUUCAAGUCAUAUUAUAGACAGAAUAUUGUUAGAAAGCAGAUUGUAGCUAUGGAGCUAGGGAAGACAGUUGAAGAGUUUUCGAAGUCAAUUAAUAUUCUACAAGCAAUGCAUAUGAGCGCAGUUUUUGGAUGGUUAAACCAACGUCUAUUAAAAACUGUUUUAAAAAGGCGAAGUUAAUGAAGACGUCACCCGAAGAAGAAAAUGAGGAAACUGAAAGUUCCGAUGAGUUUGAAAUAGCGGACAAUUUAAGAGAAGAAUUUGAAAAAUUCGUAACAUGUGACGACAACGUAGAAUGUAAUGGAGUGCUCACUGAUAUGGAAAUUAUUAAAAAUAUUUUGGAUUCGGCUGAAGAUGAGGAUGAAGAGCAAGAACAUGAUAAUCUAAAACCUCCAUCAGUUCUAGAAGCUUUAAAAUACAUACAAGAACUUCAGACAUUUUUUUGUACCGAAAAUAAGUUCCUAUGUGAGUUAGGUAAUAUGGAGUCUUAUAUCUUAUCAAAUAAAUUAAAAAAUACACAAACGAAAAUUACAGACUUUUUCAAGUAAUUCCUUUAAAAUGUAAACAAGAUGUUUGUUUUUCUUUUUUAAAUAAUGAUCUCGAAAAGUGUGAAUAUGUACGACAUGAAUUUAUUUGUCCUUUUUAUUUUUUAAACACUAUGUAAUAUUUUAAUACCUACGUGAAUGAAGGAGCUUUAUGUAUAUGUACAUAUAUGAAUUGUUUUUAUGCUUUAAGUUUAUGUUCUUUUUUGUAAUACCUACAUAUGAAUUGUUUUUUAGUUUAUAAAUGUGAUUUCUUUGUACAUCUAAUAUGGACAUAAAUAAAUAAAUAAUUUUAAAUACUUAAAAUGCUCAUAUGCGAUUUAUUUUAAUCCAUUGGUAGUUCAAAUUAUAAGUGAUUUAUGUAAUUGAACAAACCGUUCACUUAAGCGGGUAUCGGUUAAUUGGAUUCUCGGUUAAUUGAACAAAAA